AUGGUCUCAAUUGGUAGUCGCUCUCCUGUCUAUAGUCGUCAUGGAAUGGUGUCAUGUUCUCAACCGUUGGCAUCCGAAAUUGGUGUCCGCAUCUUGCAACAAGGUGGCAAUGCUGUGGAUGCUGCCAUUGCAGUCGCAGCCGCUCUGAAUGUCACGGAACCGUGUUCUACGGGUCUUGGAGGUGACUGUUUCCUGCUCUUCUUCAAUGCCAAAACAAAGCAAGUUUGCGGUCUCAAUGGCAGUGGUCGCACUCCUGCAGCUCUUACAAUCGAGCAAGUGCUGCAAGACUUUGGACAAGAUGCUACGGAAAUUCCUAGUGGUCACGGCCACGCAGUCACGGUUCCAGGGACAGUUGCAGGCUGGAUCGAUGCUGUUGUAGCUUGGGGAACGCUGAGCAUGAAAGAAAUUCUGACCCCCGCCAUUGAAAUGGCACGUGAAGGUUUUCCAGUAAGUCCAUUGACUGCAGCAAGUUGGCAACGAAACAAGGCACAAUUGCUGCGUGGACCGCAUGCAACCGAGUUGCUCAAUGCUCAAGGAGAAGCGCCGAAAGCUGGAGAGAUUUUCAAUAAUGAUAACCUUGCCAAGUGUUUUGAAGAAGUAGCGGAGAAAGGGAAGACGGCAUUCUACGACGAUGGACGGAUUGCACAAGCGAUCGUGGAUAUGGUACGGGAGAAAGGAGGAGUCAUGACAAUGGAGGAUCUUCGGACUCACCAGUCGACGUUUGUGACGCCAAUUAGCACUCAAUUCCAAGCUGUCGAUGUACACGAGAUCCCGCCGAAUGGACAGGGGAUCACUGCGCUACUAGCGUUAAACAUUCUCUCGGAGUUAACGAAAGACGGGAAUUUGCCGUCAACGGGUAGUGCCGAGGAGAUUCACUUGCAGAUUGAAACACUUCGACUUGCCUUUGCAGAUGCCAAAUGGUUCGUGAGUGACAUGACCCACAACACGUCGCUGCCUUGGAAGGACUUGCUGAGUGAAAACUAUGCCAAGAAGCGUGCAGCGUUGGUAGAUCGCAAGAAAGCUGGAAUUGACCCAAAGCACGGAAGUCCAGAGCUCAGUUGUGAUACAGUAAGUUUCCAGGUGAUUGAUGGACAAGGCAAUGCCGUGUCGAUGGUCAAUAGCAACUACGAUGUCUUUGGUACGGGGCUUGUGCCUAAGGGCUGUGGCUUUACACUGCAGAACCGCGGAUGCAACUUUGAGCUGCAUAAAGUGGGGCAUCCGAAUGUGCUGGCCCCAAGUAAGCGGCCGUACCACACGAUCAUUCCUGGACUGUCGACUUUCACGGAUUCUGGCAAGCUACACUCUAGCUUCUCGGUCAUGGGUGGCUAUAUGCAACCCCAAGGUCAUGUUCAGGUGCUAAGUCACAUGCUUUUGCACGGAAUGAACCCACAAGAAGCUUUAGAUGCUCCCCGUUUCAGCAUCGACGUCAACCAUUCAACGAAGCCAGGUCGACUUGAUGGUGGCAGCUCUGUAAUGGUUGAAACAGACCUGGGCUUGAAUGUCAUUGCAGCACUUCGUGAGCAGUUUGGUCACGAUGUCCAAGAAGUAAACGGGCUCGAGCGCUCGAUAUUUGGUCGUGGACAGAUCAUUCUACGGGAUCCAAAGACGGGUGUACUCUGUGCCGGUUCCGAUGGACGCGCUGAUGGCUGCGCCAUUGGCUGGUGA